AUGAACCCUGGGGCUCUGGAAAAGAGUCUGGAGAUGAUGUUAUACAGCUUCAGAACCCGCAGUGGCCAGAAGAGAGUGCUCGAUUGCCUGACACUGGAGUUACAGGUGAUGAAUAGCUUUCAUUGGGCUGGAUCGCAGCCGCCAAAAAGGAAGUUCAAUCCCUUGGUGACUUCUGACCGAAGCAAGAACCGCAAACAGCAUUUCAAUGCACCUUGUCACAUUCGGAGGAAGAUCGUGUCUUCCCCUCUUUCCAAAGAGCUGAGACAGAAGUACAAUGUUCGGUCGAUGCCCAUUCGAAAGGGUGACGAAGUUCCGGUUGUCCGAGGACACUACAAAGGUCAGCAGAUUGGCAAAGUGGUCCAGGUGUACAGGAAGAAAUACGUCAUCUACAUCGAACGAGUGCAGCAAGAAAAGGCUAAUGGCACGACUGUCCAUGUGGGCAUCCACCCCAGCAAGGUGGGUAUCGCCAGGCUAAAGCUGGACAAAGACCGCAAGAAGAUCCUGGAAAGGAAAGCCAAGUCUCGACAAGUAGGCAAGGAGAAGAGCAAGUACAAGGAAGAAACGAUUGAGAAGAUGCAGGAGUAGGGGUGUCUCAUGCA